UUGAGCGGAGCUCCUGCCACCCAUUAGAUUACACGUUACACAACGCAAAUUAUGGCAUCCCAUGGCCCGAGGGCCACUACCCGACAAACUGCAAGUAAGCAGCCGGCCCCAUAAGCUCCCCCGACUGACAAAGUUCGUUCGCCUACCACCCCGGAUCCCUCUAAUGCGGUUUUACAACGAGACAUUGCAGACUUUUCAGAUAAAAUAUUAUCUAAACUUGAUAAUAUCAAUACCGAGCUACAAUCAUUUCAUCGUCGCCUAACAGAUGUGGAAUCAGUGGAGUUUAACUCUGCCAAAAUAUCUGAAGUAGAAAAUUCCAUACCAGCUAGCAUCGCGCCCCUUCGAGAGGAGAUAUCUAAUCUAAAAGAAAAACUGCUUCUGAUGGAAAUCUACAACAGAAAGCCAAAUCUACUAUUCUACGGGGUUGAAAGCGAACCAAACGAGGAUAUCUAUCGCACGCUUUGUAAAGUUUUCAUCCAUCUUGGAAUAGAUGAGGAAACCGCCAAACAGAUCCAAAUGAUCAACGCCCACAGAUUACCCUAUCGCAACCAACCAAGGACCCCAGACGCCGGUGCCCCAGUCCGUUCCCGACCCGCUCCGAUAAUCGCUAAAUUCGUCAAGAUGCCAGACAGAGAUCUCAUUCUUUCUUCUUUUGAGAAGCAUCGCAGCAACUAGGAAACGCAACGGAAAUGCGACAUGCACCACCGCCUCCCCCUCGCAUAACGGUCAGGACGGACCUCCCUCCCACCCUGAAGGCUCAUCGCGGCCAUCUUGCUGAAAUUGGAUAAAAGUUGCGAAAGGAGAAAAACCAAUCUACGAGAAUAAAGUUGCAAGGUGCUGAAAUCGUCCUCCAGUGGAAAGAAAAGAGAACAAUUACAUGGAAACCCUACAGAGAAUGAGCAAAUCCAUCAUCAUUUUAGGUGUAUGUACACCGGAUGAGUUAGCGUGCGCGACGGGCCAUGAGUGUUACAAUGCAACGUAUCAAUGCGAUGGAAUCCAAGAUUGUGCUGACCAGUCAGACGAACAAAAUUGUACAUCGGAACUGAUCGUGAUAGACCUGGCUGACGUACCGGCUCCAUAUUACCUAUCUAGUCCCAACUACCCCGAGAACUAUCCACUGAAUGCCAAUCAGUCCUGGCUCUUUAUUGCUUCAUCUGGAAACAGCCCGAGGAUUGAUGUCAGCGAUUUGUACACGGAACCCAACUGGGAUCUAUUAAGCUUCUACUCGGGCGAUGGUCCGACGGGGCAGCAUCCACUGGUGCUCUCGGGUGCCAUGACUCGCUCAGGCAUCAUCAGCUACCAAUCAAGCAGCGCGUAUCUCUACGCAACCUUCACGUCUGACAACGCCGUGUCCGUCCGGGGCUUCUAUGCCAGUGUAACCCAGGAGCCGGCGAAUGAUGUGCAAUGUGCCCAGAGUCAAUACGACUGCAGUGAUGGAAUAGUUUGUAUGCCGACAGACAAGAUCUGCUCAUGCCCUCUGCCUUCUCCCAAUUGCAAUCUAACUACAGACUGUUUUUCGUGUGACAGUGGUAAAUGUAUUCCAUUCGAAGAAGAAUGUGACGGCGAGAAUCAAUGUGAAUUCGGAGAGGACGAGAGAAACUGUAUGCAGAGAUGCGAUAGCUUCUUGUGCAGUGAUGGGAUCUGUGUGGCGAACUCGACUGUGUGUGAUAACGUUAAUGACUGCACCGGAGGGGAAGACGAAUCGGGCUGCUCUUAUCCCGUUGGUGAAGAAACUAUAGACAUAAUUUACGGGGACGUUCCCUAUUCGUUGACGUCAUACGGAUAUCCUGCCGAAUAUCCGAAUAAUGUACUUUACAGCUGGAAAUUCAUUGCUGGAACUGGUUACAAGAUUCGCCUUCAAUUUUCAUUAUUCUCAACGCACGAUGCCAAUGAUUACGUCAUAAUCGGAGAUGGUGACGUCAUUGGUAGUGAUCCAUUUCUGCGGCUCUACGGCGGCAGGUUUGUCCCGGAAGAGAUUCUAUCACAAGGCGGUGACAUUUGGAUCACCAUGGUAACAGACAGAAAAUUUAGGUCCAUCGGAUUCAUGGCCAAUAUCACAUCUGUGCUCCAAAAUGAGGUCCUCGGAGCAUGCGCACCUUCCGAUAUGCUAUGUGGAAAUCACUUGUGCAUCAAGGCAGAAAGGCUUUGCGACGUCACUCCGCAUUGUGUUUUACCCACUUUUGAACCCGGCUGCCCGGCCCGGAUAGAUCUUAGCGGUACCAGCCAACAAUAUCAAUCCGUGACGUCACCUUUCCUGACGCUUUACAGCGCCAACUUCCCCGCCCUGUACGACAACGACAUCAACGCCACCGUCUACCUGACGGCGCCGGGCGAGCAACGCAUCCUUGCCGCAACGCGUCAAUUCGACAUCGAGGCGGAUUACGACUUCCUUACGUUCUACGAGGGACACGGCACCGGUUCCAAUAACCAGAUCGCUAGGAUCAGCGGACUGUUGCCGAAUCAGGUCAUCAUGACGACCGGGAACCAGAUGACGGUCGUGUUCCAGAGCGACUUUUCUGCUAGCUAUUAUGGGUUUAGGAUCGAAAUUGAAGGACAGGCUUCUAACGGUUCAUGUAACAUUGACGAGUUAAAAUGUAUGAAUGGUCAGUGCCGGUCCAAUAGUCUUGUUUGCAACGGAGAGAUAGACUGCAUUGACUUUUCAGAUGAAGACAAAUGUCCUACAUGUCAGCCAGUCCCAUCCGUGUGCUCCAGCCGUCUCGCGUGGACCACGACCGUGUUCCCCAACGCCCGCUACCACACGGAGUCGGAUGCCCUUCAGGGGUAUGCCGACCUGGAGUUCAUUGCUUUGCCUUCCUGCGGCGAAUCCGCUCUGGUGCUCAUCUGCGCCGCGCUCUUUCCAGAAUGCCCGCACUACGGUACGACGAUCAACCUGUGCCCUUCGGUCUGCGAAGCGGUGAUCGACGACUGUCCCAUGUUGUCGGAGCUGUCCAAUGCCUGCUCGGGAAGCACGACGGUCUACGGCUACGCCAAUCUACUCUGCGAGGCCCGAAAUGGGGAUCCCCUUGACACGAUGGUGUGUGGCACCCGACCGGGCUAUUCGGAGGUACAACCCCGCAUCAUUGGCGGCACUUAUGCCGAGAUGGGAGAGUUCCCUUGGAUAGGGUCGUUAAGGACACUAAAGGGCGAUCUACAAUGUGGGGCCACACUCGUCAAUGAGUACUGGGCCGUCACGGCUGCUCACUGCACUGGUGUCUACGAUGAAAUCGUUUUCGGCGACAUAAAAAUCGACACAGAAAGUAAUUACAGUGUUACACCGAACAUUGCCCAAAUCAUCGACCACCCCAACUACUUUUCGACGAGGGGCGGCGACGACAUCACUCUCAUUCGAUUUUCAGAACCAGUCGAGAUCAAUGACUACGUCCGACCGAUCUGUCUACCAAGCAACGUUAGUGAGACUCAGAUCUAUAGACGAUGUUACGCUGCUGGCUGGGGAAUCAUUGUGUUUGAUGGAGAAGAUGCUUCCAAUGAUCUUCUCAAGGUCUUGCUUAAAUCGGUUGAGAAUGAUGCAUGCGGGGAAAUUUAUGAUGACAUCAUACCCUCUAAGAUAUGCGCUGGUUAUUCAACAGGCGGCUAUGACAGUUGUCAGGGUGAUAGCGGGGGACCUCUGGCGUGUGAAGGCGCUGAUGGCCGAUGGCAUCUUGUUGGCAUUACGAGCUAUGGGACGGGUUGUGGUGAUCCUGGGUUCCCUGGAGUCUACACACGUGUAUCCUCCUUCCUCGAUUUCAUUGAAGAUACCAUCUCGCCCCCAUCUUGAGUACAUGGAUUAGGGUAGGCUGGGUAGCAGUACAGACAUUGAAUUGGUGGCUUUAAAUACUAAGUGUAGACUACAGAAAAUAUAGAAGAAGAAUAUAUAGAAUAGAAUGGAAUAGUCUAUUCUAUUCUAUUCUAUACAAAAUUAUAUUCUAUUCUAAGAAUAGAAUAUAAUUUUAUUGUCUUCUUCCGAAGAAUGAAGAAACUUUCCUUCCAAGUGAUACAUAUACAUAAACAUUUCAUAACUUAUACAAAAUUUAUUAUAUAAAUACAAUCAUACCAAAAUAUUCAAAUGCAUACAAAAUUCCCUUUCUAAAGGAGUUAAGACAACUUGUGAUAAAAAUUAUGAUCGUCGCUUGUUACCACUAUUACGCAACAUUUCUUUCUCAAGUUCGAUGGGUGCCAGUGUGUUCUAUAAUUAUAAAAGGAAUCCGAACGCCAUUUGUUUACAGAAAAUAGGACAUUCAUGUCAUAACUCUUGUUAUGCACAUGAUAAAGGAACUGUAGAAAUGGCCUACAUUCAAAGCAUCAUCUAUAAAGAUAUUUAAACUUUAUCUGAAUAGUUUGAUCCAUUACCCUUUAUUCACUACAUCACAAUGAAUGUGCCAUUAUUACCAUUAUUUUGUGUGAAUUUAACGAAUUUCGUAUAUAUAUAUAUAUAUAUGCCGUAAUGGAUGAAGGCCUUUAAGAUUUGUUCGACUUAUUUUUGGAUUAAUUCCUAAACUCAAUUGUUUGUAUUAGCGAUUGAAAUGUUUAUGGUCUUCUUCAACAAUAUUAAUUGAUAUAUAUAAAGCGCCUGAUAUAAUUAUAUGAGAUAUAAAAAAAUAUAUGGUAUUUAAAUCCAUAUAUUUUGUGUAGACCUAUCUGUAAUUGUUAUAGUUAUACUGAAAGUAAAGACAGGUACCUGUAUACACAUGUAACAAUAUAUUGAUUAGUCUUACUGCAUGGUUAUACCAAUAAUUAAUAUUGCAGAAAGGUUCCAGCAGCAACACUACACUGCUUAAAUAAUUCAUUUCUUUUUGUACAGAUGUGCCAUACCUACUUGGUUUAUGGUAGAACAGUGUACUCGUAAUUUUAAUACCAAAAUAACAAAUAAUGAAAGACAAUGCUUCCAUUAUUGCUGUAGUCAAAGUUUUGACAAUAUUUAAGAAUUAAAGUACAGACGAUAAAUAAUUCUUCUAAUUCUAUAAUCUACUUAAUUUUUCUUAUCACUCAGUUACCGUAUUUAUAAUAUGAUUGAAUUAAAUCUUUAAUUGAACAAAAAUGUAAUAAGUGUGUAAAAAAAUUGACUAAUUCGACUAUAGGAACACCUGUAUAUAUCGCCCUAAGAUAUGUUUUAAAAUGUUGCCGAACAUUUCUCAAAUAGCAUUCGCUGUAUCUCAGUUUGAUAAUGCAUACAUUCAGAAUGAUCAACUUAAACAGGCAAAGUGGAUUAACUGUUAAAUAAAAUGGUAUUGAAUUGAAUUAUUAGUUUCAUAAUCCUGAUUUUUUUUUUCUUGUACCGAAUCGUUCAUUAAACCAAUAAUUAGUGCAAUAGAAAAUAAAUCUUUCAAGGGGUAGUUAAAAAUUCCUAGGAAAUCUCUGUUUUGUUUGCCCGUCAACUCUCGACGCAACUAUAUGUAUAUUCUUUUGUAAGGAACUAAAAUAGAAACAUAAAAGCAUUAAAACGUUACUUCUUAUCACAAACUGUACAGUAUAUGUAUUUUUCUAAUGGAAAAAUUAGUUUUUAAAUGUUCCUCAAUGAUCUUGUUUGAAAAUAUUACUAUUAAGAUAUGUUUUAUAUUAGAAAAUGCAUCUAGAUCUUGUUUGCGUAUAAUCUUCGUCUAUAUUCACUACGUGGUGCCAAUUUAUUAUGCUAAGUAUAUACUGGUGAUGGGAUUCCCCUGUAUUGUUAAGUGUUUAUCAUGAUGAAAUCUCUAACGGAAAAGUACCAGUGCAGGUAUGACUUUUUAAAU